UCUACACACACGAAAUUUGAAGUUCAAAAUCUACAAAAUUCGUAUUCACAGACGAAAAAAAUUCAAAAUUAUUGUUCAGAAAUCUGAAAGAUCACGAGUUUUUUGUUUGUUCGCAAAAAUAUUUAUCCAGCUCGGAGUUGCUCUGUAUUUCCGUCGAAUUCUGUGAAUCUGCAAAUUUCUACAGAGCUUAGUGUUUGUUGAUGUUCAUCUAAAAGUUCUUUUGCAAAUUGCAACAUUGCCGAUACGUACAGAUAAAAAUGGUGUCUUUUGGGAAAAAGUUGAAGGAAAGACAAAUCCAAGAAUGGCAAGGAUACUAUAUCAAUUACAAAUUGAUGAAGAGGAAGCUUAAGCAGUAUGCUAACCAAAGCCAAGCCGUAGUACUGGAUCGGCGAUUUGUUCUUAAGGAUUUCUCCAGAAUGCUGGACAACCAGAUCGAAACAAUAGUUCUCUUUUUGUUGGAACAACAGGGAGCUCUUGCGAGCAGAAUAUCUGAACUUAAUGAACAGAAAGAUUCUCUUCAAGAGGUGCCUGAAAUAUCAAAAAUAAAUGAGUUGCGGGAAGCUUAUCAAGCUGUGGGGCGUGAUCUUCUAAAGCUUCUCUAUUUCGUUGAAAUAAAUGCUAUUGGAUUGCGGAAGAUACUUAAAAAAUUUGACAAACGUUUCGGCUAUAAGUUCACUGAUUAUUAUGUCAAAACCCGGGCUAAUCAUCCCUAUUCCCAACUUCAGCAAGUAUUCAAGCACGUGGGAUUAGGGGCAGUUGUUGGAGCAAUAUCUCGUAAUCUUGCAGAUCUUCAAGACCGUCAGGGAAGUUACUUGUCAAUUUAUGACCAGCCAGCUCUUCCGCUCCAGGAUCCUGUAGUUGACUCGAUGCAAGCAGCUGUAAAUAGAUUAAGUCAUUCGACAAACUUCCUUAACUUUCUGGCCCAACAUGCACUUAUUAUGCAAGAGGAGUUACCCGCUCCUGUUGAGGAAGGAGUUGAUGAUCAGAGAUACCAUUUUAUGUCGCUCCUGUUGAACUUGGCAAAUACUUUCCUUUACAUGGUCAAUACAUACAUUAUUGUACCAACAGCAGAUGAUUAUUCUAUGAGCCUUGGUGCGGCUGCAACGGUUUGUGGAAUUGUGAUUGGAGCCAUGGCUGUCGCGCAGAUCUUUUCGUCAGUGUAUUUCAGUGCUUGGUCGAACAGGUCUUAUUUCAGACCUCUGGUAUUCAGCAGCAUAGUUCUUUUUAUCGGGAAUGUCAUGUAUGCAUUGGCUUAUGAUCUCAAAUCAAUACCAGUUCUGCUUAUCGGUCGUCUAUUUUGCGGUUUUGGUUCCGCCAGAGCAGUGAACCGUCGCUACAUCAGUGACUGUGUGCCACUUAAAAUCCGGAUGCAGGCUUCAGCGGGUUUUGUUAGUGCUAGCGCGCUUGGAAUGGCAUGUGGACCUGCACUUGCCGGCUUACUUCAGACGAAUUUUAAGAUUUACAAGAUAACCUUCAAUCAAGAUACUUUGCCUGGUUGGCUUAUGGCUAUUGCAUGGCUCAUUUAUUUGAUAUGGCUGUGGUUCUCUUUUAAAGAACCUGUUCGCGAUACUGAAAUAAACAAUGCUGCUCAAGAGUCUAAGGCCGAGCCUGAUUCCCUUGAAAAAGGCGUUGUGGAACCAUUGCUGUUAAAAUCAGCGGAGAAUCAACAAGAUGAGGAUGAACAAGGAGCCGACGAGAGUGAAGAAGCUCCCGAGGACUCUCAUAAACCUGCUAAUUCCAUAGCAGCAGCAUACAGAUUGCUCACUCAUUCUGUAAAGGUUCAAUUGUUAAUCUAUUUUAUGCUGAAAUACGCUAUGGAGAUUUUACUUUCAGAAUCUAGUGUCAUCACAACAUAUUACUUUAGCUGGUCAACAGGCACUGUGGCGAUUUUUCUUGCGUGUCUUGGCCUCACGGUUCUUCCAGUAAAUCUUGUUGUCGGGAGCUAUAUAAGUAAUAUGUUCGAGGACAGGCAAAUUCUAUUGGCAUCUGAAAUCAUGGUUUGUGUCGGGAUACUCAUGAGCUUUAAUGUUAUAAUCCCAUAUUCAGUGCCACAGUAUGUCUGCUCGGGGCUCUUAUUAUUUGUAUCUGCUGAAGUGUUAGAAGGUGUAAAUUUGUCACUCCUCUCUCGAGUCAUGUCAUCUAGGCUUUCUCGUGGAACCUACAACGGUGGCCUCUUAUCUACAGAAGCUGGAACCAUUGCGCGGGUGAUUGCAGAUGCAACCAUAACUCUCGCUGGGUAUUUAGGGGAGAGUAUGCUCUUGAAUGUCACUCUUCUCCCUUCACUCUUCAUAUGCGUAUUGUCCAUUCUCGCCACCUUUUGGACCUACAAUUCUCUGUAUUGAUUCUCUCAUGUAUUUAGAUGAAUUCUCAGUACUCAGAAAUCAUUUCUGCUUUCUAUUAUUUUAUCGAUUGAUUUAUUUGUUC